AUGGCUGGCAAGAAGUGGACUGUCUUUGGCAACAUGCCUGAUCGAAAGACCAAUACAGCGGACAAGCCUGAGAACAAGCUGUCACCCAGGCCCACCAACUCCAAAGUCCAGAAGCGCCCUUUAACUCGAGCUCAGGCUCUGAACCGUGGCUCCCCUGUGUCCCCCAAGCAGCGCAUCAUUCAUGUCGGCACAAAGUCACCUUUCAUGGGCCUAAUCAGCCGUGUGCGCAAGGCCCUCGACAAUGGUCCCGCGGGCGUCCACUCCAACGCCGUCACCAAGGGCCUACCGCUCACCAAGCGGAUUGAUGCCCUCCAUGUUUCUUCCCCCGCUACUGCGGCUAACCAGGAGGAGAUCCUGCUUCGAGGUACCGGCCGCGCCAUCCCCAAGACGCUCGACGUCGCUGCCUGGUUCACCAACCAGGCGGAUGUUAUGGUCAGCCUGCGCACCAUGACGCUCGAGGCGUUUGAAGAUGUGGUUAUCGAUGAGGACGAUGCUGAGGAGCAAGGCGGCUUUGCUGAGGAGCAGGGAACACGCGCCAGGAUGGUGAACUGUCUAGAGGUGGGUGUUCGUCUUCGUUGA